AUGAAACUCGCGUCCGCUCUCGUUGCUGCGCUCACUGUCCUAGCGUCGAGCUCGGUUAACGCUCAGACGUCGUCUUCCAGCCUAAUCGAUGACUUGGUCACCGUCCCGGUCACGGAAAUUGAGGCUGGCAAGGGAUACGUCGCUGGCGUUCGCUCCACCAAAGACGGCGCCAACUUUUGUGCGGGUGCUCUCAUCGGCCCCUCGCACGUUUUGACCGUGGCGAGCUGCAUUCCGAACAACAUCCGGUGGGUAUCGCUCGGUUCCGACUCGUACACUGGCGCGGAUAGCGGUGAGCAGAUUAAGGUCGUCGCCUACUUGGUGCACCCGAAUAACACCGACUACCAGAACGACUUUCUGAUCCUCGAGCUAGAGCAGGAGUCGAGUUAUAAACCGGUGGUCCUGGACCCGGCCAAGACGAUCGUCAAGUCUGGAAUGAAGGGCGCUCGUCUCGGCUGGAACGACACCACGGCUGAAGCCGUGCAGUCCCGUUAUCUGCAGAGCGUGGAGGUGCAACUCGUGAGCAACGAGAUUUGCUCGACGGAGCUGAAAAUUGACGAGGCCAAUUUGUGCUCUCGGGGCGUCUCAGCCACCAAGUCAUGCAUGGGCGACGAUGGCGGUGCGGUCAUCGUGAAGAAGAAGAACCACGAGGUCCUUGUGGGUCUUGUUAGCAACAACGAAGGAUGUGGUGAAGUCGGUGGUAUGAGCGUAUAUUCACGAGUGUCUGCUGUGCGUCCAUGGAUCGACUCGAUCAUCAAGGGCAUCUGCGUUGCUUAAAGACACGACCUC